AGGUGGGCAGCAGUAGCUGGCGGAAGCCGCCGCUGCCUUCCGCCCCCACACACGCACACCACACCACACACACCAGCGCCCCUGGCGGCGGCGGCGGGGGCGAGGGGGCUGGGGCAGCCGUUAACAAAGUGGUAUACGAUGACCUCAAGAGCGAGGAGGAGGAGGACGGCGACGCUGAGGAGACCCAGGAGUCUGAGGACAACUAGGAGGAUGAGAUGGAGGAGGACGACGAUGACUUCGAUUACCCUUACCCGGAGGAGCUGGAAGACGACGAGGAGGACUCCAGUUACUGCAGGGAAAGCAACUUCAGGAGCCAUAGUACCUACAGCAGCACUUCAGGCUGGAAUGCAGUGUUGCGAUCUCGCCUCACUGCAGCCUCUGACUCCCAGGUUCAAGCGAUUCUCCUGCUUCAGCCUCCUGAGUAGCUGGGAUUACAGGAACCUGAAGAAAGAUCUAGCUCAGCAUUGGAGCAUUGCUGAUAUUGUUGGAAUUCCACAGCAAUUAUCCAAACUUCAGCGUUAGAAACAGACUUUGCAGGAUGAAUAUUCGAGUAUGGAUACACAGUAUCCUGGCAGCCUGCCUCCAGAACUCCGGGUGAACUCAGAUGAGCCUCCAGGGUCCCCUGAGUAAGUUGGACUUUCUCAAUUCCAUCUAGAGCCUGAAACUCAAAAUCCAGAGACCCUUGAAGAUAUCCAGUCCUCUUCACUCCAGGAAGAAGCCCCAGAGCAGCUUCCACAGCUCCUUCCCCAGCAGGCGGCCCCAGCUCUGCCUCCAGAGUCCUCUAUGGAGAUUCUAGCUCAAACUCUACCAAAUCAUGAGGUGACAGUUCAACCUCCAGGUGAGGAUCAAGCUCAUUAUAACUUGCCCAACAUUACAGUUAAACCUGCAGAUGUGGAGGUUACCAUAACUUCGGAGCCUACCAAUGAGAAAGAAUCUUCCCAAGCCCAGCAGGAGGCUCCAGUUCAGUUUCCAGAGGAGGUGGAACCUUCUGCAACCCAACAGUAGGCCCCAACUGAGCCUCCAUGUCAUCCUACGGAGCGUGAACUUUCCAUUAGUGAGCAAGAGCAGCCAGCUCAGCCUUCUGAGUCUUCUGGGGAGGUUGAAUCUUCUCAGACUCGGCAGGAGACCCCAGCUCAGCCUCCAGAAGAGAUGGAACCUCCUGCAAACCAAGAGGAGGCCCCAACUGAGCCUCCAGGUCCUCCUGUAGAGCCUGAACUUUCCCCCAGUGAGCAGGAGCAGCCAGCUCAGCCUUCUGGGGAGGUUGAAUCUUCUCCAGCCCAGCAGGAGACCCCAGCUCAGCCUCCAGAACAUCAUGAAGUCACCGUUUCACCUCCAGGUCAUCAUCAAACUCAGCAUUCAGAUUUGCCCAAUGUCUCUGUUAAGCCUCCAGACAUGCAGCUCACCAUAGCAACAGAGCCUAGUGCAGAGGUGGGAACUUCUCCAGUCCACCAGGAGGCUACAGCUCAGCUCUCAGGACCAGGUAAUGAUGUAGAACCUCCCACUAUCCAGCACGGGGGCCCACCUCUUCCUCCAGAGUCACCGGAAGAUGCUGGACCUUUAGCAAUUCAACAGGAGACUUCAGUUUAAUCUCCGGAACCUAUUAAUAACGAGAACCCCUCUCCAACCCAGCAGGAAGCUGCAGCUGAGCAUCCACAGACUGCUGAGAAGGGUAAGUCUUCUCUAACCCAGCAGGAGGCCCCAGCUGAGACUCCAGAGCUCCCUAAUGUAGUUGUAGCUCAAUCUCCAGAACAUUCAAACCUGACUCAAGCCACAGUUCAACCUUUGGACCUGGGGCUUACCAUCACUCCAGAAUCCACAACAGAAGUUGAACUUUCUCCAACCAUGCAGGAGACCCCAACUCAUCCUCCUAAGAAAGUUGUAACCCAACUUCCAGUAUAUCAAGAGGUUACAAUUCCAACACCAGGUCAGGAUCAGGCUCAGCAUCCAAUGUCACCCAGCAUUACAGUUCAACCUUUGGACCUGGGACUUACCAUCACUCCAGAACCCACUACGGAGGUUGGACAUUCUACACCCCUGAAGAAGAAUGUAGUUCCUCCAAAGCACCCUAAGGUGACACUUCCACAUCCAGACCAGGUCCAGACUCAGCAUUCAAACCUGACUCAAGCCACAGUUCAACCUUUGGAUUUGGGGCUUACCACCACUCCAGAAUCCACAACAGAGAUUGAACCUUCUGCAGCCCUGACGACUACAGCUCCUCCUCCAGAACACCCUGAGGUGACACUUCCACUUUCAGACAAGGGUUGGGCUCAGCAUUCAAACCUGACUCAAGUCACACUUCCACCUCUGGACCUGGAGCUUACCAUAACUACAGAACCUACUACAGAGGUUAAACCAUCUCCAACUACGGAGGAGACCUCAACUCAGCCUCCAGACCUGGGGCUUGCCAUAACUCCAGAGCCCACUACAGAGACUGGACAUUCUACAGCCCUGGAGAAGACUACAGCUCCUCGUCCAGACCAGGUUCAGACUCUGCAUCGAAAACUGACUGAAGUCACAGGUCCACCUACUGAACUAGAACCUACUCAGGAUUCACUGGUGCAGUCUGAAAGUUACGCCCAAAAUAAGGCUUUAACUGCACCAGAGGAACAGUAGGCCUCCACAAGCACCAACAUAUGUGAGCUCUGUACCUGUGGAGGUGAGACGCUGUCGUGUAUUGAUCUCAGCCCAAAACAGAGGCUCUGCCAAGUGCCUGUGCCAGAGCCCAACACCUACCAUGGCACCUUCACCAUCUUAAAUUUCCAAGGAAACUAUAUUUCUUACAUUGAUGGAAAUGUAUGGAAAGCAUACAGUUGGACCGGGAAACUAAUUCUCAAUGAAAAUUAUUUGACUGAAUUACAUAACGAUUCAUUUGAAGGCCUGCUAUCCCUCCAGUAUUUAGAUUUAUCCUGCAAUAAAAUACAAUCUAUCGAAAGACAUACAUUUGAACCACUACCAUUUUUGCAGUUUAUAAAUCUUGGUUGCAAUUUACUCACAGAACUGAGCUUUGGAACAUUUCAGGCCUGGCAUGGAAUGCAGUUUUUACACAAGUUAAUUCUCAAUCGCAAUCCUCUGACAACUGUUGAAGAUCCAUAUCUCUUUAAAUUGUCAGCAUUUAAAUAUCUAGACAUGGGAACAAUGCAAGUCCCACUUACAACAAUUGAGAACAUUCUCGUGAUGACUGUUGAACUGGAGAAACUGAUCUUACCUAGCCAUAUGACCUGCUGCCUCUGCCAAUUUAAAAAUAGCAUUGAGGCUGUCUGCAAGACAGUCAAGCUGCAUUGCAGCAGUGCAUGUCUGACAAACACCAUACAGUCUGAAGAAACAUCUGUAGAGAAUCCAGGAGUGUUCAUGAAGGUGUUACAAGCCCAGAAGAAGCACACGAGCACUAAGCUGACUAUUGAGCCAGAGGCAGCCUCAGACAGCAAUGGCAUCAAUUUGUCAGGCUUUGGGAGUGGGCAGCUAGACACCAAUGAUGAGAGGGAUGUUAUCAGUGCACUAAGUUACAUCUUGCCUUAUUUCUCAGCGGUAAAUCUAGAUGUGAAAUCAAUGUCGUUACCGUUCAUUAAUCUGCUUUCUUCAAAUGUGCAAGAUGGAGAUAGGCUCCUGGGUAUUUUGAAUAACAAUACAAAGAGCCCCUCUCUUCAACCUGCAUCCAACAACUCAACUUAUGAAAAUAAAUUGAGAAAGCUGUAUUUGCUGGAAAAUAUGUUAGAUGCAGAAAUACAAGAAAAAAUUGAUGAAGUUAAAAGGGAAGAAAAAACUGCCAUGCUUAUGCAGUCCAGCCUUCUAGGUAACAAAUUUAAAUGCCAAAUAUUUGAAAAGAAAUUAGAAACUAUCUAACCACAGGAAAGCAGCCUGGCAAAGAUUCAAAGUGUAGGCAAAAACCUGCAGAGAGUGAACAGAGUCCUCAUGGGCCCAAGGAGCAUCUUAAAAAGGCACUUCAAAGGUGGAAAGCAGAGGAUCAGGAGGGAACGGGGUGCCCAGGCAUUUGCAGAGAACGCUGCCAAAGAAAAAAGGCUCGGGAGUCCAGCCCCAAGGGAGCUGAGACAGCCUCACAUAGAGCAGGGGCCUGACAAGUUAGUGGGAAACACCAUCUACACCAAGCCUUCGUUCAUCCAAGAGCAUAAGGCCGCAGUCUCCUCUGUGCUGAAACCCUUCUCCAUGGGUGUGCCUUCUGCCUCCACCCCUGCAAAAGCCCUACCUCAGGUCAGAGACAGAGCAAAAGACUUAACCUACACCAUUUUCAUUUUAGAAAAUGCAAAGGCUAGAGUUAAAAAUAUGAAGGCUGCUAAACCAAUCAUACAUUCCAGAAAAAAAUACCGCUUUCAUAAAACUUGCUCCCGCGUGGCCCACAGAACACUCAAGGCCAAAAAGAGUCCAAAGUUCAGAAAGAAAAGUUACCUCAACAGACUGAUGCUCGCAAAGAGGCCUCCAUUCUCUGCAGUGAAGAGCCUCAUAAAUUCCCUUUCCCAAAGGGCUUUUUCAUCUUUAGGAGACUCGAGUCCUCAGGAAAAUCCUUUUCCAGAAGUAUUUGCUCCUUCAGAACGUUUUAUAGAAAACACUAAUGUAAAAAACACAACUGCAAGAAAUGCCUUUGAAGAAAACAUUUUUAUGGAAAACACUACUAGGCCAUAAGGCACCAUCUCUGAAAACACAACCCACAAUCAUCCUCCUGAGGCAGAUUCCGCUGGGACUGCAUUCAACUUAGGGCCAACUAUUAAGCAAACUGAGACAAAAUGGGAAUACAACAACGUGGGCACUGACCUGUCCCCCGAGCCCAAAAGCUUCAAUUACCCAUUGUUCUCGUCCCCAGGUGAUCAGUUUGAAAUUCAGCUAACCCAACAGCCACGUUCCCUCAUCCCCAACAACAAUGUGAGAAGUCUCAUUUCUCAUGUUAUCCGGACCUUGAAGAUGGACUGCUCUGAGACCCAUGUGCAAUUGACCUGUGCCAAGCUCAUCUCCAGGACAGGCCUCCUGAUGAAGCUUCUCAGUGAGCAGCAAGAAGUAAAGGUGUCCAAGGCAGAAUGGGAUACGGACCAGUGGAAAACUGAGAACUAUAUCAAUGAGAGCACAGAAGCCCAGAAUGAACAGAAAGAGCAGAAGUCGAGUGAGCUCACAAAAGAAGUUCCAGGAUAUGGCUAUAACAACAAACUCAUCUUGGCAAUAUUUGUGACCGAAAUACUAACGACUAUGAUUAUAAUUUUUUGCCUCAUUGAGAUUUAUUCUCACCGAUGGUCAUCACAAGAAGAUGGAGAAGGAUUCUCAAGGGGCAUUUUCAGAUUUCUGCCACAGAGGAGAUGCUCUUCACGAAGUGAGACUCAGGAUGAAUCUUUCUCAUUCAGACAGCCACUCUGGCUUAAAGAUAUGUACAAACCUCUCAGUGCCACAAGAGUAAAUAACCAGGCAUGGAAGCUGCACAAGAAGUCAUCUAAUGAGGAUGAGAUCCCAUCUGAUGAGGACAGCGAAACCCCAACAGAGAAGGGGGAGGAGAGUGAAGCCCUGCCACCGGAGGAGAACACAGAGUGACCCCAGCCCACCUCAGGCGUCCUGCAAAAAUACUUAGCGUAAACAACAAGGGCCAUCAGAAAGAAAAGCAGGACUGAAGCCAGCGGCCCACGCAUCCACAGAGGCAGCCAGCGGAGGAAGCACAGGGCCAU